CGGCGAGAGGCGGGGCAGAGAGGGGGACUGAGAGCGGCUCUAAAGACACGAGAGAGAGAGAGAGAGAGCGAGAGAAACUGUAUGAAAGCCGGUAAUUAGUGACGUGCCUUCCCGACGAGGAGAGCAGUCGCUGCUGUGAGAGCAACCCGGUGGCGAACGAACAGGGGCUCCGUCAAACCACCGGGGCGAUGAGGGGAGAAGAGGACGGACGACAGAAAGCCUUCUGCCGCAGAGGAAACCCAGAUUAGGCUGCUUUGACAAAGAGAUCUACCGGCAUCCCCGGUGCAUGCACACCGCGUCAACUAUCCUGCGACUCGCACCUAUCCACUGACCCACCCACCUCGACCACCCAUCAGGUUGUGUGGUGACUCGGUGAUGUAGGGUGGAGCUGGACGCACAGACAGCCGGCAGUAGCCUACAACAUCUUGGUCUGAUCUCCGUCAUCACCGGGUCGGUCCCCCCAGUUCUCAUGUUUAGGUAUGUACAGUCUGGCUUCAGUUUAAUGCAACCACAGGGUGUACAGGGUUCUCUGCAACCUGUUCGAGUGCACAAACAAAACUAAUGAAAUCGUUAGUUAAUCUAAUAGACACUUUGGCUCUGCGAUUUUUCUGUUGCGCACAGAGCCAUGCAGCUUGCAGGUGGCACUCAACGCAGUAGGGUAGUGGCUAUUAAAUGCAAAGUAUGCUAUCAAUAUGCGUUCUAACCGCAGAGCAGAGAAAUGCUGGAUCAUUUAGCAGCUUUCUGUCCUUUGUGCUGUUCCAGCGGAUGAGCGAACCCCCGGGAAAGCGGCGCACCUGUGACCGGAGGAGGGUUGGAUUCUCUCCGGCUGGUGACCUCCUGCUCCGGGGGACUAAUCCUCCCACCACCCGGCGUCACCUCUCCUCACCUAGACGGACAGCGACGCAGCCCAUAGAUGCGUCCGGCAGUCCCUGAUGCUCGUCAGUGCUCCGGGGCUUUCCGGUCGGUGGGAGAGGCUCGAGCCGCGGCCGCGCGCUAGGAUGCUGCGCCAGGUGUUGCACGCGGGCCUGAGGACCUCCUUCCACGCGCUGGGUCGGUUCGUGGCGAGCCACCCGGUGUUCUUCGCCUCGGCACCGGUACUCCUCUCCAUCCUGCUGGGGGCCAGCUUCAGCCGGUACCGCGUGGAGGACGACGUGGAGAGCCUGCUCGCGCCCAAGCACAGCCUGGCCAAGAUAGAGGGCAACCUGGUGGAUAGCCUGUUCCCCGUGAACCGCUCCAAGCACGCGCUCUACUCUGACCUGCAAACACCGGGCCGCUAUGGGCGCGUGAUUGUUACCAGCCGAAAGGGAAGUGUGCUGGACCCUAUUCAUCUGGACACUAUAUUAAAGCUCCACAGGCGGAUCUACCAGAUGCAGGUGAUGGUCCCAGCCACAGGCUUCAACAGCUUCAACUACUCCUUCUCCUACCUCUGUCUCCCCGACGACAAGAACGUCUGCAUCAUUGACGACAUCAUCCGUGCCAUGGAGGAGAUCCAGUCUGCUCGCGCCUCCAACCGAUCCGUCCCAGUCCUGCGGUACCCAAUCACGCAGCUGGCAGAUGGAAGGCAGGCGUACAUUGGCCACCAACUGGGUGGCGUGCAGGGCUGGGGUCCCAGCGGGGCGGUACGUGGUCCGGGGACAGGAGCCAGGGGAGAAGGUGUACGUUCUGCCAGGGCGUUGCAGCUCACCUACUACCUCCAAGCCCGCGGCAGCCUGAUGGACCGGGUGGCCAGCCAAUGGGAAAAGGCCUUCUGUGCUGAGUUACAGCAAUUUGCAGCGUUGCACCCUAAACUGGGGCUGUACCCUUCCACUUCCUCUUCUCUGAGGACAGACUUCCAGUUCUCUUCGGUUCUGGCACGCCGUCCCCUGUUGGCCAGCUUGGGAGUGUGUGGUGUGCUGGCCGUCCUCUGCUGCUCUAUGAGGGAUUGUGUGAGGUCUAAACCCUGGUUGGGUCUGUUGGCUCUGCUGUCAAUAACACUGUCAGGCCUCACUGCUGCUGGGAUACUCAACCUGACCGGGGCCACCUACAACUCUACGUACCUGGGAAUCCCUUUCGUCAUGCUUGGUCACGGGCUCUUCGGCUCCUUUGAGAUGCUGUCGUCAUGGAGGCGAACUCGGGAGGACCAGCAUGUGAAGGAGCGUGUGGCGAGCGUCUUUGAGGACGUCAUGCUGCGGUUCUCCGGCUCCACCAUGCUCCACCUGAUGACCCUGGGCCUGGCCGCCUCGCCGCUCACCAACAUGGAGGCUGUCCGGCUCUUCUGCCGCACCGCCGCCUUUGCUGUCACAAUUGGCUAUGUUUACAUGUUGUCCUUCUACAGUUCCUGUCUGGUGUUCACGGGAUACUUAGAGACCGGGUACAGACAUGGCUGCUUCUGCCGGCGAGUCCCCAAACCCGACCGGCUGGACUCCAAACCGGCCUGGUACAGGUGUCUAAUGUACACUCGUUAUCAGGAUGAGGCUCAAACAACCAACCCACCAAACGAGGUCGAUCACAGUCACGAUCACGCAGCAAACCCUGACCUAACUCACACACAUGCACACACACACCCACAUACGGCGAACAACAUCGCCGCGCAUUCACACAGCAAUGUGGCUAACUCCACACACACACAUCCACAUCCACUCACACAUUCCACGGUUAACACGGACCCUCAGGACUCUCACCUUUUGCUGGGGUGUGUGAGGCGUUGCUAUGGAGACUGGAUCACUAACACCUAUGUCAAACCCUUUGUGGUUCUGCUGUAUUUGGUUUACAUCUCCUUCGGACUGAUGGGCUUCCUGCAGGUGACGCAGGGUUCAGACCCCAGUGCACUGGUUGCCAUGGACACUGCGACAGUAUUGUACACUCGUGCACAGCAGCGUUACUUCAGCUCCUACUCCCCCGUCAUUGGAUUCUACAUCUACGAAAGCGCCCCCUACUGGAACGCCUCGGUGCAGCGGGACCUGCUUGAAUAUGCCAAAGGCUUCCAGCGAAUCAGCUGGCUGGAAGCUUACCUGAAUUACCUGUCCGAUCGCAACCAGUCCACCAACCAGCCGCGGGAAAACUUUACCCACACACUCCGCAACUUCUUUCUCCGCGAGCCGCAGUUCGCCCACUUCGCCGAUGACAUCAUAUUUGCAGAGCGCGGUCAGGGCGAGGAGCCUGAUGUGGCGGCGUCUCGGAUCUUCCUGGUGGCCAAGACGACAGAGAACAAGCGCGAGGAGAUGUCAGUGCUGCUGGACACGCUGCGACGCCUGUCACUGACCUCACGUGUCCGCUUCCUAAUCUUCAACCCCUCCUUCGUCUACUUGGACCGCUACGCUGCAGCGGUCAGCUCCCCCCUCAGACACUCACUGCUGGCGGUGCUUUUCCUGUUGGGUCUGUCCUCGCUGGCCGUUGUGGACCCGCUGGUCGCUGUGUGGCUGGGCCUCACCCUGCUCUCCGUCCAGUUCGGGGUGCUGGGCUUCAUGACCUUAUGGGGUGUGGAGCUGGACUGCAUGUCUGUGUUGUGUCUGAUCUCAGCCUUGGGACACUCAGCAGACUGCAACGGCCCCCUCCUCUGCGGUUUCGCCUCGGGUCGGGGUGAAAGCAGGACUCGCUGGGUUAGAGUGGCGUUGGAGAGACACGGGGUCCCCUCUCUACAGACGCUCAUCUGCUACGGCGCCGCCCUGGUGCCUGUUGGCUCUGUACGUUCCAACCUCACACACACACUGUUCCGCUGCCUCACCCUCACGGCCGGCUGCUCGGCCCUGCACACGCUUGCGUUCCUGCCCACCCUCCUCACAUUCCUGCCUCCCUCCAAGACACGGGGGCACGGGCCUGAAGGAGAUGGUCAGAGACAGGAGGUGGAGUGUGUUGAAAUGAACGACAGCACUCGAGUGGUCGACCAGAUCACCACUGUCUGAGCACUGGAUUUUAUUUUGGG